AUGCCUAGUCAAGUAAGAUGGAGUUCCAUGCCUAGAGUUCCCAGGUUGCAAGAUGAGGAGGGCAAUGACUUGACUGAGACUGGUUCGGAGAGUAUUGAUAUAUCUCUUUCUUCAGAGGACAAUGAUGGACUUGAUGGUAGGAGAAGGGGUCCUAACUACGGUACUAAUGGCCGUGCAGAUGAAUAUGGAAGAACUCCUUUAACUGUGGGAGGCAAUAGAUAUCUAUGUGAAUUUUUUUUUUUAUAUGUUUUGUAUUCAAUGCAAAAUGGUGUUACUAGAAAAUGGAAUGCUAAUGGUUGUUGUUCACGUUAA